GCAGACGACUUAAACGGAAGAAUCCUUGUUGGUUUGGUUGAGGAAAUGAUUCAAUUUGAAAAAGAAGAAAGAAUCGGAUUGCCUGAGAUAAAAUCAAAUGUCAAUUCCAGAGCGUUGACAUGUCGUUACACGGGAAGUAUAGCAUCCGUUUCCACCCCACUAAACUGAUUGUUGCUUGUGCCGAUAACAAAGAGUUAAUAUUUUACACUGCAGAAAAUUCGUCUAUUCCGUUUUCCAAUUGGAGAAAGGAAGUCAGAUGUCUACCUCUAAACCUCGUUGGGAAAAGAGUGAAAGCUCCUGAGUGGAAUAUUAACGGGACACAACUAGCUUUUGGAGUUGGUGACGGUACUCUCGUCGUAUGGAGUUACCCAAAGUGCGAAAUUCUCUUCCAAAGGAGCAUUUAUGUUCGUUUCGAUUACCGUCCACUUAUGGAAUGGAAUCCAACCAGGCCCAACUUGUUCGCUACUUUUCUUUGUGACGAGAAUCAAGUGUUGUUAUGUGAUUCAUCCGUUGGCGACGUCAUCACCACAAUUGACAGUGAAGGCGUUAGGGCUGUGAAUUGGAUCUCUGAAAAUCGUAUCGCCGUCUCUUCUUUUAGAAGAACGAUUCAGAUUUUUGAAAUAGAUGAAAACAAUUUGACAAUAAAUCGACUCGUUAAAGAAUUCAGAAAUGGAUACGGUUGUCAUUAUCUGGAAUGGAAUGAAAGGACCCAAUAUUUAGCCAGUGUUGGUGGUGGCCGGAUCAAUAUUUGGUCCAUGGAUCAUGACACACCAAUUUAUAGCAUGAAGACUCUUGAAGUGGACGAAAUUCACUCAUUUGCUUGGCGUCCGUGCAUAGGAAAUGGGGAAGAAAAGGACGGAAUCGAAAUGGCAAGGAAAUCCGUUAAAAACUUCUUUUUUGCUUAUGCAUCGAUCUCCAAUGGCGUUUUUAUUUGGAAUCCCCUGGAAAGUGAACAACAGCCGCGACGUCUUUCAGAAGAUACAGACAUAGGAACGGUCGCCUUUUCAUCGGACGGUCGAUUUCUUGCAGCCGGAAGCCGUGGGAAAUUAAUGAUUUGGUCAGCGGAGGAUUGGGAACAAAUUGACACCCACUCGAAAUGUAAUGACGAAAUAACGGAUUUCUCUUGGCUUUGCACUAAAACAUCUACAAACCUUUACGAGAAUAAAUUAAUAGUCAAUCAUGGAUAUGGGCCCAUUGCCGUACUUGAAUACGCGUUCGAAGAAAGUGAAGUUUCUGAUUCAGCCAAUCAAAUAUUAACAGAAUCCAAUUAGCAAUUACGAGGAUGAGACGAGGACGUGGAUGCUGAUAGCGACGACGUCCUCCAAAACGCCUAAAGAGGUCAUUCCCCUAAAUAUAACCAAGUGAAGAAGUCCUGCAAAAGACAACGUCAUAUUUUCGAAAUCAAAGAUGUUUCAGUUACUUUUUUCAUCCAAAUGUAGCCUAUUGUAGCAAUUUAAAAUACUUUAUUGGA